AUGAAGGUAGCAGAAAUUCUUGCGCUAGCAGCCCCUAUAUUCGCCAUUGCAGCACCCCAGGAUGGAUAUGAUAGUCCAAUCGACUCAGUCCUUGUUCCCACCUUCGGCAUCGUCCGUGGCAUCCCUAGCUCUUCACAGCCCGGUAGCUGUCAGGGUGCUAACGGCAUCAAUAUUCCAUGUCUAUGUCCACCGGACAUGGAUGCAUUCAUUCAGCGUCUCGAGCAAUUCACUUCAGCUGGGAAAGCUUUCGAUAUCCCCGUAAAAUUUUCGAGGGAUGUGAACGAUAUGUCGGUUGCAACACAGCUCGACCGGGUCAAUGCCUGUAUCGUCACUCUACAGAAUUUUGACGACACUAUCAAGGGUGCUGGAUGCCCUGCAGCGUCUGCGCCUAACUUUACUACCAUGCAAACAAUUCUAUUACAACAAUUACAGGGGAUAGAUGAAAACUAG